UCCGCACUCUUCUCCAUGCAUCCCUUCUACAUAGUAUUAGUACUUGGGCUUCUCCUCUUGCCCACAUCUUGCUGCUCCUCAUCUGCACCCGCAAAUGAUACUCUCGUGGCGGGCCGAGUGUUCACCGUCGGCGAUAAGCUCGUCUCAAGAAACGGCAAGUUCGCGCUCGGCUUCUUCCAGCCAGCAGCAAGCACCAUCAGUAAGUCGUCCAAUAACAGCUGGUACCUUGGCAUAUGGUUCAAUAAGAUUCCAGUUUUCACUACUGUGUGGGUUGCUAAUAGGGAGGAGCCCAUCACCCACCCCAACAUUAACUCAACACAGCUCAAGAUCACAAGAGACGGCAAUCUUGUCAUCGUCGUAAAACAUGCUAAUGCCGGCACUGAAUCCCUUGUUUGGUCCACUCACAUGAUCAAUAGGACACAAACUAGCAACAUAAACACCACCACCACUAGUGCCGCCGUUCUCUUGAACACUGGAAACCUUGCUGUCAAAGUCACAGAUAGCCCAUCAUCUGACCUACCGUUGUGGCAGAGCUUCGACUACCCAGCAGAUGUUGUGCUUCCUGGCGCCAAGCUUGGCUGGAACAAGGUUACAGGUUUGAAUCGCCAUAUCAUCUCAAAGAAGAGCCUUAUUGAUCUCGGUCUUGGCUCAUACAGCCUUGGACUAGACACAACCGGCCUCGCCAUCCUCGAGCGUCGCAAAAACCCUGCUGUAGUGUUUUGGCAUUGGGCAUCCUCCAAAACGUUGUCAAUGAGUAUUAUACCAGUGCUCAAGACGAUUCUAGAUAUGGAUCCACGGACUAGAGGCUUGAUUAACCCAAUAUAUGUUGACAAUGACCAAGAGGAGUACUACAUGUACACUUCGCCGGAUGAAUCACCAUCUUCCACGUUUGUCUCACUAGAUAUCUCUGGUCUGAUAAAGGUGAAUGUGUGGUCACAGUCGAACCAGUCUUGGCAAACUGUAUUUACCGAGCCUACUCACCCCUGCCUUCCGCCUGCUACUUGCGGACCUUUCACAGUCUGCAGUGGCAAUCCACAUCCAUCCUGUGACUGCAUGCAGAACUUCUCUCGGAAGUCACCGCAGGAUUGGGAGUUUGAGGAUCGAACAGGAGGAUGCAUCAGAAAUACACCGUUACAAUGUACUAGUGACAAAAACAUCACAAGUUCAACGGACAUGUUCCAGCCCAUUUCUCAAGUUACAUUGCCCUACAACCCACAAAGCAUAGUUGCUGCCACUCAGAGCCAAUGUGAAGAAGUUUGUCUCAGAACCUGCUCCUGCACAGCUUAUUCCUAUAACGCUAGCAGAUGCUCUGUAUGGAAUGGGGACUUGCUUAGUGUGAGUCUGGAUGAUGGCGUUGUUUACACUUCUAAAGAUAUUCUUUAUCUACGUCUUGCUGCCAAAGAUUUCUUGCCAAGUUUGAGAAAAACCAAAAGAAAACCAAAUGUUGGAAUUGUUACUGCCGCAAGCAUUACUGGUAUUGGGUUACUCAUUUUCAUGUUGUUGUUACUGAUUUGGAGGAUCAAAUUCAAGUCAUGUGGUUUCCUGCCGAUAUACUACGGCAAUCAAGACAGUGCUGGUGGAAUUAUAGCCUUUAGAUACACUGAUCUAGUUCGUGCUACUAAAAACUUCUCGGAAAAGCUGGGAGGAGGGGGUUUUGGUUCAGUAUAUAAGGGAGUGUUAAGUGACCCAAAGACUACUAUAGCAGUCAAAAGGCUUGAUGGUGCCCAUCAAGGAGAGAAGCAGUUCAGGGCUGAGGUGAGCUCAGUUGGACUGAUCCAACAUAUCAACCUAGUCAAAUUGAUUGGUUUCUGCUGCGAAGGUGAUCACAGGUUACUUGUGUAUGAACACAUAUUAAAUGGGUCUCUUGAUGGUCAUCUAUUUAAGAAGAUAAAUGAUGUCGCUCAUGUCCUAAAUUGGAACACUAGAUAUCAAGUAGCCCUAGGAGUUGCCAAAGGAUUGUCCUACUUGCAUCAGAGUUGUCACAAAUGCAUCAUACACUGCGACAUUAAACCGGGAAACAUACUAUUGGACGCAUCAUUUGCUCCCAAAGUUGCGGACUUUGGGUUGGCGGCGUUUGUGGGAAGGGAUUUUAGCCGAGUUUUGACCACGAUCAGGGGAACUGCAGGUUAUCUUGCCCCAGAGUGGCUUAGCGGAGUUGCAAUCACACCAAAGAUCGACGUUUACAGCUUCGGCAUGGUACUGUUGGAAAUCAUAUCAGGAAGGAGGAAUUCCUCACUUGAAACAUCAUACUACACUAGCAGUAGCAGCAGUUACCACAAUGCCGAAUAUUUCCCUGUGCAAGCCAUCAGCAAGCUUCACGGUGGAGAUGUAAAGAGUUUGGUGGAUCCACAAUUACAUGGCGACUUCAAUUUGGAAGAGGCUGAAAGAGUUUGCAAAGUUGCGUGCUGGUGCAUCCAAGAUAAUGAGUUUGAUAGGCCGACUAUGGGUGAAGUGGUCCGGGUUCUCGAGGGUCUGCAGAAGAUUGAUAUGCCCCCCAUGCUAAGGCUACUUGCAGCUCUAACGGAACACUGAUGCUGCAACUUCAGUGUAAUAAUAAUAAUUCGUAGAGUAGCUCGCUUUGUUUCAGCAUUUUAUGUAAAGUUGUAAUGUGGAGUAGAAGGAAUAAAGGAAGGAGGCAACCUUGCAGUUGCAAACCAUCCGCUAUUUGCAUUUUUAUUGGUAAGCAAGCAUUGUAGCAAAAUAUGGUCGUGCUAGA